AGAGAGUGGUUGCUUGGUAUUACAUAUAUUUGCAUUAGACACAACGACUGGCCGUCGAGUUCAUUUCCUAGUAGAACUCUCUACACAAAAUCAAACACUCUCUCGCUCUCUCUCUCUCUCUCUCUCGCUCUCUGAAACUCUAUCAACCAUGGAAGACCUAUCAUCAAAAGACGACAGCCCACGAGUUCUCGAAGUCUUAGAAGCUCUAAAACAAGCCUCGCAUGAGUUACAAGCCCACCCGAGUCCCAACUCGGACGAGGUCAACUCGUCUUCAGCCAUUAACGCUCUCCUGGAGCUUGAAACCGAGUCCGACACAAUUCUCUCCAAAGACCCAAAUCUCUCUACCCUCUCUCAACACCUUUCCAACCUCAAAGCCCUCGUCGAGACCCUCAAGAAUUCACGCCGCCACCACAGCAUCCGAUCGUUCUUAACUCGCCGAGUCUCAACUCACUCCAUCGCCCGAGUCGCCGGUUCCAUUGAGUCUGAAAUCCAAGCCUGGAUCGACCGUGAGAGCAUCGAGACCUUGACACGUGGUCUACGCGAGCAACCAAAAUUCAACAACGAGGACGAGUUGAUCAAGCUCUUGACUCAGCUCGAGAAUCGAGUCUCCGAAGGUUUCAACCGCGAGUUACAAGAUUUAGUCCUAAAGUCCAAGCUUUUCUCGUACCUCGAAACAAUUCUAUGUGACCCAAAUUGCUCAAAGCGAAUACGAGAACAUUGCGCUUUUGCUAUAGGCGCAUUGAUAAGGUUUAACAAAGAUGUGUUCGUGGGACAAGUACUUAUGGGUCCAACAAUUGGUUCCUUAGUCACAAUGGGUUCCUCGGCUUCAAUAAAAGUACUCUGUUCUUUGAUAAGGUCUAUAAAAUCUCCACUUGUGGACGAAAUUGAGUCACUUGGGAACAUACCCAAAAUCAUAAAGUUUUUAGAUUCUCAAGACUUGGAAAUAAAAGUUCUAGCCAUGGAUUGUGUGUUAGAAAUUGGAUAUUUUGGGCGCAAAGAAGCGAUUGAAGCAAUGCUUAAAGAGGGUUUGAUAAAGAAGCUAGUGGAGCUACAAAGGUCAGAAUUGGGUGGGGAUUUGAUUGAUAUGGGGAGGAACGGUGGGAAAAAUGAUAAUGUGAAAUUUGAGAAUAAUGAAGGGGUUGGUGAUGGUGUUGGUGUUGGGGUUGGUGGGGUUGAAGGGAAAAGGGAGCGCAGGGAAAAGAGGUUCUUGGAAAUGCAUCCAUUUGCAAGCUGUGUGGCAAGAUUUGCGGUGCAGUUGGAAGUAGGAGAGGGGCUGAGGCAAAGAGAAAGGAGAGCUUUUAAGCAGGAGAUAUUGGUGAGAGUGAGAGAAGCUUGUGUGUCUGAUGCUGAAGCUGCUACCAUUGUCGCUGAGGUUUUGUGGGGGUCUUCACCUUGAAACUUUUGAUUCAAUUUGUUUAUGGUAGUUUUUUUUUACUUGUAAUUAUGUAAGUAUUUUUUUUAAGGUUGUAAAGAAAUUGAUGAUUAAGUUGAAUUGUUGAUAUAA